GGAGAUAUUGGCCGUGAGACAUCUGUAUAUAACCUUAGCUGUGAGAAAUCACACAGAGAACAUAAAGAGGGUACAUGUUGCAAUAUGAAAGGAACUGCUAAAAUCACACCUCAGGAGGUGCUCGACAUUUUUUCUGUUAGUGAGGAAGAUAAUUCUGUAGUGCGAGAAGCUGGUACCGUUCCUGGUGCAUUUCUGCAUGCUUCAAAUCUUGAUGGAAGAAUAUCUGACCCUAAUGCAAUUUCUGAUCAAGAAGAAACACUCGAUUCAAAAGAGAUCAAAACCUGCCAAGAGUCCUGUGAUUCUGUUUCCUUGGAUGCAAAGAAGCUCAAAAGCUUGAACAAAUGCGCAACAUUUCCUUGCUCAUCAGAGGUGCAAUUGGACAUUUUGCCAAUUAAGGGAAGUAAUGAGGAAUCAAGCAUAGAAGUACAAGGCCGAUGUUCCUCCACAUUUAAGAGUCCUACAUAUGCACGGUCAAUGUCUCUGCCUACUUCUUUGAAGCUUGUUUCUGCCAUGAAGGGAGGCCGUGCACAAAAUGGGACAUCCCCCACUGUGAAGCUGCAUGUGAAAUGGGCGCCCGAGGUUUAUGAUCCACCUGCCACAUCAAUGUCCCAUACAGUGAAGAAGAGCCAUCACCAACGUCCCAAGGCCAAGAAAAAGGACAGCCACAGGAACAAGCACAGCAAGGGCAAGUCCUAUCGGGCAAGCGGUAUGGAAAGGAAACACGCAAAUCAUGGCAGUACAGGCACAGUCUCCAAUCCUUUGGAUAUGAGGUUACCAGUUGCUGGAGAUAGGUUACUGUCGGAUGGAUAUGGCAAAUCGAAUGCGGAAGUCUUAGAGUAUGCAGUUAGCACUCGUGAAUCCAAGUGUGGCGGUGGCUUCCUGAGGGAGGCACUUGCUAAAGUAAAUCUCUCUACAGCUGAGGCCUCUUGAAUGGAUCCCAGUUUUGGCAAUGUGGACGAAUUAUCAUCUUGAUCAUUGUAGAUAAAUAAUGCGUGAUAAAAAUGCUCAGUGUGUGCUGGCUAGUUUUGUUGUGAUUGGAAGAACUUAUUGCCUGGAAGAUUUUUAGUGGGUUGAAGACAAUAAAGCGGUGUUGUUUCUUAUUUUUCGAAUUUAGAAACUGAACGAUACGCAGAUGUUUUGGGUGUGGUAGAUCAUGGAUGUCUGUGCGGGUGGAUGCCAGGCUGUUUGGGACCUUUUAGCUGCUUGUUGUAAUGCCCUGAGUGCCGUACAGCUUCUUG